AUGGCCUCCCCGGAAGAGGCCGGCGGCAACUGCCCGAUCCCAAAAUGGCCGCGGCGGCCACAGGACGUCAUUGCCGGCGGGGGGCGGAGGGAAGCGGGGGUUCCCCCGCCUCACGGCGAUUGGGGGCGACGGGCCCCGGGCCGGCGCGGAGGGGAGGAGGGGGGCCGCGCCGCCCGGCGGCCCCGCGUCACGGUGGACAGCUCCAAGGCCAAGACCUCGCUGGAGGCGCUGAAGAUCAGCCUGAGGCAGCUGCGCUGGAGGGAGUUUCCUUUUGGCAGGCGCUUGCCGUGCGAUAUCUAUUGGCACGGGGUGUCGUUCCACGACAAUGAUAUAUUCUCAGGUCAAGUCAACAAGUUUCCAGGCAUGACGGAGAUGGUCCGUAAAAUUACACUGAGUCGGGCAGUGCGAACAAUGCAGGAUCUAUUUCCUCUUGAGUAUAACUUCUACCCUCGAUCCUGGAUUCUGCCAGAAGAAUUUCCCCUCUUCGUGGAUGAGGUUCGUAUGAUGAAAGACAGUGAUCCGUCCUGGAAGCCCACUUUUAUUGUAAAACCUGAUGGAGGGUGCCAGGGAGAUGGAAUCUACCUCAUUAAAGACCCGAGUGACAUCAGGCUGACGGGAAGCAUCCAGAGCCGGCCAGCUGUGGUCCAGGAGUACAUUUGCAAACCCCUGCUUGUUGACAAACUGAAAUUUGAUAUUCGUCUUUAUGUCUUACUGAAAUCUUUAGAACCCUUAGAGAUUUACAUAGCCAAAGAUGGACUUUCUAGGUUUUGUACAGAGCCCUAUCAAGAACCCACUCUAAAAAAUUUGCACCAGGUUUUUAUGCACUUGACCAACUAUUCACUAAAUAUCCAUAGUGGGAAUUUCAUCCAUUCUGACAAUGUGAACACUGGCAGCAAGAGGACUUUUUCAAGCAUUCUGUGCAGAUUGUCUUCCAGAGGAGCUGAUGUCAAAAAGUUGUGGUCAGAUAUCAUUUCACUGGUGAUUAAAACAAUCAUUGCACUGACACCAGAACUGAAAGUUUACUAUCAGUCCGACAUACCAGCAGGAAAGCCUGGGCCAACUUGCUUCCAGAUUUUAGGGUUUGACAUUCUCCUGAUGAAAAACUUGAAGCCCAUGUUACUAGAAGUAAAUGCAAACCCCAGCAUGAGAAUAGAACACGAGCAAGAGCUUUCUCCUGGAGUGUUUGAAAAUGUCCCAAGCCCUGUUGAUGAAGAAGUGAAAGUAGCUGUUAUCAGAGACACUCUUCGGCUGGUGGACCCUCAGAAAAAGAAGAGGAAAGAUGUCCAGUGUCAGACCUUGGAGCAGGGGUCAGAGGCAAAGGAAGAGGCUCUGGAGGCAGGAGCAGGCGACGGAGGGGAGUGUGAGGGCAGCCGGGGUCCCGAGGCCGGGCUCCCCUCCCUCUGCCUCAAACAAGUCUUCCCCAAGUACGCCAAGCAGUUUAACUACCUGCGCCUCGUGGACAGGGUGGCCGCCCUGUUUAUCCGAUUUCUUGGUGUGAAAGGGACAACAAAGUUGGGGCCAACGGGUUUCCGAACAUUUAUAAGAAACUGCAAACUGAGUAACAGCAAUUUUUCCAUGGCGUCUGUAGAUAUCUUAUAUAUUGAUAUCACAAGGAGGUGGAACAGCAUGGGAAUCGACCACAAGGAAUCAGGGAUGUGUUUGCAAGCCUUCGUCGAAGCUUUCUUCUGCCUGGCUCAGAAGAAAUACAAGUCCCUCCCACUUCACGAGCAAGUGGCCUCGCUGAUCGAUUUUUGUGAGGAUCAUCUGGCUGCCCUGGAUGAAAAGCGCCUGGUUUGUGGCCGGGGGGUCGUGGAACGACGAAGUGCAGGAGCUCCUGGUCAGACAGAUGGACUUCACCUCACACCACCUGCACACAACCCCCUCCUGGGUCGCACGGCCGCAGCUGGUAAAUUUGCAGAUUAUCGAAAUCAUCGCUAUUAACGGUGCUAGUUCACCAGGACAGAACUGAGAAUUAAUCCCCAGGUAUGUACGUGUACUGCAGGAGGGGACAGACUCUUGAAUUCCUUCAUCUGAUGGUCACAACUAUUUAUUUCAGCUUUUUUAAUUUCUGCUUUUCAAAAAGUCUCCUGCAAGCUCCCAUUCACCAGUAAUGACCCCAGGAAUGGCUAUUUAUUUACCUCUCUGUCGGACCUACUGUAUGCCUCAUGUGGCAAACUGUGCUUUUGUCCUGACUGUGUAGAAAACCAUGUGUGAGACAAGGACCAAAAUCCAGUGGGACGAUAACCAGCAUGACAGGACUGGUUGCACUGGUGCACUGAGGGGCACGCUCCCAGUUACAGGAAUUACAUUGCUUUGUAUGCACUGGAUGUACCAUGGAAACCAAGUGAGGAGCUCUGGUCCCAAAUACCAGUUGUGGACUGUGGAAAACUGAACCCUGGAAUUACGUUCAUGGUCAAACUUCAGGCUUUGACCCUCUUCUUCCCAUGGCUUGGACUGUACAUGUUGGAAUCGAUACAGAUUUGGUCACUGUCUAUGUACUUAUUUUUUAGUCAGUCUUAAAACACUGAAAUCGUAUUUUGACUUCUGCUUCUUUGUACAUGUCUUUGCCAUGACAAGUACUGUUAAUUUUUUAAGGAAAAAAUACAGGUGUUUAUCCUUUUGCUUCCACAGAACCAAUAAGCUGACACUUAUUUACAGAAAAAAAUUGCUUCUUUUAGUCAAAUUUGGUCAAUCAAGUAGUGGUUUUGUCUUCAGGUACCAAGCACUGCUGCUGAAAAAAGCUUUACAGUGUAAAGGUCUAAGAGUUCAUUUAAAUUCCAGUGAAACUGAUCCUGUCACUGACUUUAGGCUAAAUUAAUUCUGUUCUAGGUUUGUUUAUUUUUUGCCUUUUGCGUGUUUGUUACCUUAUUUGCACCUGGAAUAACAUCUAGAGCAGAUUUGUUUGUCUUGGCACAUAUUCUUCAUUUUUCCCUUAAAUAACAGUAUAACUUUGUACAAAUUAGAUCUAGACUGUUUAACAGGGUAUUUUGUCAAGAAUGCUGGACCGUCCCUCUGGAGCUGUGCAGAGCAGUCUUUAUUUUUCAAGACUUCCAUGAUCCCACUCCUCCUGCGGGGACUGGCUGAAAGGACACGAAAAACUUGGAACUUCAGGGCCGUUCAGUCAAAUUCUUUUGGGUCUCAUGUUUUAUUGCAAUAAUGUAUGUCUGCAUCUGAAUUUGAUUUUCCUCCUUUGUUCUACUCCUGAAUGUUGAUGAAUCUAGUUUUGUGCUGGUGUUCUUCAUGCUGCCCAAACCUGCCAAGCUGUGGGACGGUGCAGCCUCCGGGCAUUGAGCUUCGGGGUGGAGAAAAUACCGAUGUGUUCCCAUGGCUGGUCCAUCAGAAACAGGACCUUAAGGGAAGGUGCAGAGGGAGCCCACCCGUUUAAUGUCACGGACUCAAUACACACCUGGCAUUGAGUGAGUUUUUACUUUGGGAGAAGUUUUGAGUUUCUUUUCCUGUGUUAGUUUUGAGCAGCAUGCAUUGUUCCUAAGCGGCACUGAGCAUGGCAAUACAACGCAGAAAGCACGUGGAGCCCACGAGAAACUAAUACCCAGCAUGUGUUAAUAUCAGACGUGGGCAUCUCUUCUCCUCUGUGUCUUCUGUAACCCCAAUAAGAGUAGUAGAUGAUCUUUUGUAGUUCAGCAGCUGGACUGUUGGAAAUGUUAUGUAUUGUACAUAAGAGGACAGUUGUAGACUAAUGCCGCUGCCCUCAGCCUUGUUUAAGUUUCAUAAAGAUUAUUGCAGUAUGAAGAUAAAAUGCCAAACUCCAAGGUCUGGCAUCUGUCAGAACCAAUGAAGCUGAAAGGGUCAUUUUUUUCACACUUUCAUUGUAAUACAUUUGAAGACAUUCACAAGUUGAAAAAUGGUUACUUCUCCUUUUGUGACAUCUGACAUUUGUCUUGCGAUUGGCAGCGUGUUACUAGAAAAUAGCUUACAGUUCCUCCUCCGGUGAUGGAUGUCCUCUGAAGACAGAGUUACAGAAGAGUCGGUUUGAAAUGCUACAGCUGCGAAUGUCUCUCCUUAAAGCUUUCAAGUAGUACAAUCUGUGGCCUAAAAUACCCAGGUUUUACUAUUGUGUAAGCUACCCUGAUAUCAAUGGAAUAAAUUAACUGCUGUAUCUAAUGAA